AGCCCGGCCAUGCUUACCGUGGCUGCCCUCCUGUCGCCCGCCGCCGUGAGGCUGGCGCCGCCGAUGAUGCAGAUUAGCGACAAGUGCGGCGGCGCGGUGCCCUUCGCCCCGCUCGGCACCGCGGGGGGCGGCAGCUCGGCGACAACCGCCGCAAUGAGCGGUAUGACAGGCGCCGUCCGCCGCACACCGGGUCGGGUGCCGCAGCAGCGCAACCGCUGGCCCCUCGACCCCAACGUGAAGAGCGUCCUGGAUCUGCAGCGCGGCAGCGUGGAUGCCGCCCCGGCGCGAGCACAGGCAGGCGGCGGGGUGGGCGCUGCCGCUGCGCAGUUUCAGCGGCUGGCCGAGGGCACCGCCGCGGCGGGCAAUGCGGCGGGUGCGGCUGACAGUGCGGCCAGCCCCGACGGCCUCCGCGCCAUGAUCGAGGCCACGACCGCCGACAAGAAGUCCGCCGUGAAGGCCCGGUACGACGCCCUCCUGCAGCAAAAGGACGAGCAGUUGGCCGCCCUCUCGGCGGAGCGCGAGGCCGUGUUGGCGGAGCUCGAGAGGGAGUGCGACAAGAUCGACACCGAGGCGGCCGCCGCGCUGGCCUUUGCCGUGUGAUGUGACAUGUGAGUGCAGCAGUCACGUACAACUGCGCUGCCCUUAUGCCCUUUGUGCUCUCGCCGCCCUUCUCUCGCCGCCCUGCUGCUGCGCUCUCGCCGCCCUUCUUUCCCCCGGCCGGCAGGCCAGAUCGGACUGCAGUGCACCGACUGGGCCCUGCGGGGACCCGCAGCUUUGAGAUCAAAGGCUUUGUGUGUUGUGUCGGAAUAUGAUAUAUGUGAAUGUGUAGCCA